CAGACAGUUUAAAUUUCCCCUUAUCAAGAGAUAGUCUCAUACAAAAACGAAAAAUUAACAAAUAAUAUUAAUUUGCUUUUGCUAGUUUAGAAAUUUUGCAUUGUGUAUGAGUUGUUGUGAAACAAGCAAUAACAACAUGUAUGUAAGGUGCUUGAAAAAAGUGUGUAGGGGUAUGCACAGUUCCAUAUAAGGGCCACACAGACGACCGCAAACCAAGCAAAAAAAUACAACAAAAAAAAUCAACCUACAAUAACGGGGCGGCGGCAACAACAAUAAAGACAACGAAAACAACAACAAAGCGACACAACAACGAAGUUGCCUCUGCUUUGCUUUGCUGCAGCUUUGCGGCUUUGCCUUGUGACGAAAGCAAAAUCUGAAGUGUUUCUUCAUCGCAAAAAGUAAAAUCCAAAAAACCAAAAAUAACGUGAUGUGCCGCCCUGACCUACGACGUUUUUGUGAAGAGUGGCGAAUCUGGAUACGUCCAUUGCUGAUAAUCACAUACGUUGUAUUUGCGAUCAUCGUUGUUCCGUUACUAAUUGUGAACUCCGUGAAGGAUGGAUUCAAACGCAAUGAUCAGCUCAUACUCAUUGGCGGCCUGUUCGUGCUCUCUGCCGUGCCCAUUUCCAUUUGGCACAUCAUACAACACGUCAUUCACUUCACAAAGCCCAUAUUGCAGAAGCACAUCAUACGCAUCUUGUGGAUGGUGCCCAUCUAUGCUUUGAAUGCGUGGAUCGGCUUGUUCUUUCCCAAGCAUUCAAUCUACGUGGACUCAUUGCGCGAAUGCUAUGAAGCGUAUGUGAUCUACAACUUUAUGGUUUACUUACUGCACUAUUUGAAUCUCAACAUGGAUCUGGAGGCCACCAUGCUGUACAAGCCUCAGGUGUAUCAUUUCUUUCCGCUCUGCUGUAUUCGUCCCUGGGUCAUGGGUCGCGAGUUCAUCCACAAUUGCAAGCACGGAAUUCUACAGUACACUGUAGUGCGACCUAUCACCGCAUUUAUCUCAGUAAUAUGUGAACUGUGCGACGUGUAUGGCGAGGGCGAAUUCGCUGGCAAUGUUGCCUUCCCCUAUAUUGUGGUCAUUAACAACAUUUCGCAGUUUGUGGCCAUGUAUUGCCUGGUGCUCUUCUAUCGUGCCAACAAGGAGGACUUGAAACCCAUGAAACCCAUUCCCAAAUUCCUGUGCAUCAAGGCUGUGGUGUUCUUCUCAUUUUUCCAAGGUGUCCUUCUAAAUGUACUCGUUUAUUAUGGCCUGAUUAAGGAUAUCUUUGGCUCAGAUGUGGGCGAUGCAAAUCUGGCAUCCAUGUUGCAAAACUUUCUCAUUUGCAUUGAGAUGUUUAUUGCAGCCAUUGCGCACAUUUACAGCUUCCCGCACCAUCCAUUCCAUAUUAACUCGCCCCAGUAUUGGAAUAAUCCCAAUCACAGCUGGUGCCGCGCUUUUCUCUCAAUGAUGGACAUUUCUGACAUGCAGGAGGAUGUCACCGAGCAUCUGGGCGUAGUCAGCAGUUCGAUCAGUCGUCGUUUUCAGGGUCGUAGCACAUAUCAGCCGCUUGCACGCGGACCACGGCGAUCGAGCAGUGAGUCAGAGUACUUAAUAGGCAAGCGGCAGGAUGAGUCGUUGGCGGGGGGCAGCUCAACGCAAGCAGCAGGCGCCGCGGCUGCUGGUGAUAAUAGCAAUAGCAACAAUUACCAACAACAACAACUGCACUUGCCGGGCUCCAAUAUGAAACAGUCGUCGACGCGCCAACGCGAAACGCAUCUGCAUCUUCGUGAACGUGAUCAGCAGCACUUUGUGGGCGGCGUUGGUGCGCCCCAGGCAGGCGGCGUCAGCAAUUUUCCGCAGGCACGAACUGGUGCCUCGGCUGCCGCGCCCAUUCCCGAGUCCAACGAUGAUUAUGCACUGCUGCUGGGCACGGGUAGAUGA